AUGUCCACAAGAAGUUCUUUAGAAGUAGAACGUACAGUCCACUCAAUCAAGAGUGAUGGAAUUAGAAAAGAAGAAGAUGAAGUAAGUCCAAUUGGUCUCAACACUUCAAGUAAUUCUCCCAAGACAGACAAGGAAACCCUUCUUGUCUCAGAAGUGGAUACUACUACGAUUGCUACAAAACCACUCACUUCUUACAUUACUGUGAUUUGUUUGUGUUUAAUGAUUGCUUUCGGUGGGUUCAUUUUCGGAUGGGAUACUGGUACCAUUUCAGGUUUCGUUGCUCAAACUGAUUUUAUUGAAAGGUUCGGUAUUUUACAAUCAAAUGGUGAAUAUAAAUUAUCUAAUGUUCGUACUGGUUUAAUUGUUGGUAUUUUCAAUAUUGGAUGUGCCUUUGGUGGGUUAUUGUUAGGUCGUCUUGGUGAUUAUUUCGGUCGUAGAAUUGGGUUGAUGGUUGUUGCUGUGGUUUAUAUUGGUGGUAUUACUAUUCAAAUUUCAUCUAGUGAUAAAUGGUACCAAUAUUUUAUUGGUAGAGUUAUUUCUGGGAUGGGUGUUGGUGGUAUUGCUGUUUUAUCUCCAGGGUUAAUUUCUGAGAUUGCUCCCAAACAUUUAAGAGGUAUGUGUGUUUCAUUAUAUCAAUUGAUGAUUACUGCUGGUAUUUUUGUUGGAUAUUGUGCAAAUUAUGGUACCAAGAGUUAUAAUAAUUCCGUUCAAUGGAGAGUCCCAUUGGGGUUAGGUUAUGCUUGGGCUCUCUUUAUGAUUUUAGGUAUGUGGUUAGUUCCUGAAUCUCCAAGAUAUUUGAUUAGUGUAGGUAAGAAAGAUGAAGCUAAAGCUUCAUUAGCAAGAUCUAAUAAGACUACUGUUGAAGAUACUUUAGUAUUAGCUGAAUUCGAUGCCAUUUCUGCAGGAGUAGAAGCUGAAAAAUUGGCAGGGAAUGCUACGUGGAGAGAAUUAUUUUCAAGAAAAAAUAAAGUUUUAAACCGUGUCAUUAUGGGUGUUAUGAUUCAAUCAUUGCAACAAUUGACUGGUUGUAAUUAUUUCUUUUAUUAUGGUACUUUAAUCUUCAAAGCUGUUGGUUUAGAGGAUUCUUUCCAAACUUCAAUCAUUCUUGGUGCUGUCAAUUUUGCUUCCACUUUUGUUGCUUUAUGGACAGUGGAAAGAUUUGGACGUAGAAAAUGUUUGCUAUGGGGGUCAGCUGCUAUGGCAUGUUGUUUUGUUGUCUUUGCAUCUGUGGGUGUUACAAGACUAUGGCCCAAUGGUAAAGAUCAAGCCACUUCAACUGGUGCUGGUAAUUGUAUGAUUGUUUUCACAUGUUUUUUCAUUUUUUGUUUUGCCAUUACUUGGGCUCCAAUUGCCUUUGUUAUUGUUGCAGAGACUUAUCCAUUACGUAUGAAACAACGUGCUAUGGCCAUUGCUGUAGGAGCCAAUUGGAUUUGGGGGUUUGCCAUUGGGUUUUGUACUCCAUUCAUCACAAGUGCCAUUAAUUUCUAUUAUGGUUACGUUUUCAUGGGUUGUUUAGUAUUCUCCUUUAUUUAUGUUUUCUUCUUCGUUUGUGAAACAAAAGGAUUGACUUUAGAAGAAGUCAAUCAAAUGUAUAUUGAAGGAGUAAAACCAUGGAAAUCGACAAACUGGACACCUCCAGCAAACAGACAACAAUCUCUUGAUGAUAGUACAGGUGUUCAAGUUUAG